CCCACCACCACACUCUCAACUCCAAACCAAAUUCAAUCUUCUCCUCUUGUAAGUUGUAAGCAACUUUUUCUUUGAGAAAUUAAUUAAGCACCAACUUAGCUUAAUUUUUUUUCUUCUAAAGAUGGGAGCAAACAUGUCUGACUUCGAGAACCCACAUGGAUUUAGCCCUGUAAAAACCAACCAGCUUAUAGAGUGUCAUUCCAAGAACCAAUGGAAGGCUCAAUUUGAUGCCAACAAAGAAACUAGCAAGCUGACGGUGGUUUAUUUCACGGCUACAUGGUGUGGACCUUGUAAAUUCUUGGAACCGUAUAUCAAAGAGUUAGCUGCCAAGUAUUCAGACGUCUUGUUUAUCAAGAUUGAUAUCGAUAAGCUGGCGGCAGUGGCAAGGGAAUUUGAGCUGAUUGAUGUGGUGCCAACCAUGGCUUUUGUUAAGAAAGGGAAAGAAAUUGAUAGGGUAGUGGGAGCCAAAAAGGAAGAAGUGCAGAUGAAGAUUGAGAAACACAGGACAUUUUAAUUAGGAUUUACUAAUCUAAAUGCUGCUGCCUUAAAUUAAAAGCAAGGCUCUACAGACUACAAACAAUAAGUGGCUGAAACUCAUGACCACCAUCAUCACAAUUAACUCAUUGCCAUUUGCUUUGCUAAAUAAAAUUGUCAUUUCUUUAAUUUUCAUAUUAUCGUAAUUGUAGUUUGUUGAAGCUAUAGACUACAAACAAUAUGUAUGUUUUACUAUCAUUCCUGCUUCUUGUAAGGAUUUGAUUAAGGAUAAUUAAUACAUUACUGUUUAAUUUGCAA